UACGAUAUAGCUGACAAGGGGGAACUAGAUAUAGGGAGAUGCAAUGUGGUGCAGGAUUGCUUGGUCACGUGAGUAGAGAUAAUGAAUGAGUGAAGAAAGGUCAAACAAUGAGGUCUGAGGUAAAAUUUAAUUACGAAUAAAGUAGUACACUAGACACGUCGGGCUCAUGUCCAAUAAUGCUAGCUAGUUUAUUAUGUAACUAAUAGUUAACAAUAAAUAAAUUAUUAUAAAUAAUACAUCAUUAGCCAUGUGGGUCGGGGUGGCAGAUGUUGACUUCUCCACCAACCAUCUCGUAUAUAUAAUAUAUAUACACCCCACGUCGAGAAAGUAUAAUUUAAGUAGGGAAGUAAAACCCGGAUCCGGAUGGAAGUAAACAUCUUUUUGCAGCCCUAAGUGUUGUGGCGUACUGCAACACUUAAUAGUGAUAACCCCAUGGAAGUCAAGAUCUGCCUGCGUGCUCAAUAAUAUAGCCUAGCUAGCUAGUUGAUUACUAUUAUUAUAUUGUUUUUGGCGGUCACUAUAUAUAUAGCAGGUGAAACAUGACCUUAAUUAUCUGCUCAAUCAAACACAAAACCAAACGAGCCAACAGUCGAUCUCACCAAUCCAACCCCAUAAAACAUCAAAAUGGUAGCCGCCGCCCAGGAUCUGUUCGCCGAGCGAAAAGCGUUCGACGAAACGAAAGCCGGCGUUAAAGGGCUGGUCGAUUCGGGCAUCACCGAGCUCCCACGCAUCUUCCAUUUCCCCUCGCACCUACUCGACAAGAGGCCUACGGCUUCCGCCACUGAUCCCGACUUUGUCUUCCCGAUCAUUGACAUGGAAGGGGCAGCGCUUGAUCCUGAGAAGCGGAGCAGGGUCGUGGCCCAGAUCCUGGAGGCUUCAGGAAACUGGGGGUUCUUCCAGGUGGUCAACCACGGAGUCCCCCAGAGAGUGCUGGAGGAGAUGAAAGCCGGAGUCCACAGGUUUUACGAGCUGGACAUCGAGGUGAAGAAGCACUUCUUCACCCGAGACCCGACCAAAAAAGUCGUCUACAACAGCAACUUCGACUUGUACGAUGUGCCCGCCGCAAGUUGGCGGGACUCCAUCGUCUAUCAUAUGGCCCCCGAUCCCCCCAGCGAGGAUGAGCUCCCCGCUUGCUCCAAGGAUAUCCUGAUUGAGUACUCGAGGGAGUUGCAGAAGUUCGGGGAUCUGCUCUUCCAGCUCUUGUCCGAGGCUCUCGGCUUGGGCCCCGACCACCUCAAGGAAAUGGGUUGUGCUGAUGGACUGCUAGUCGGCUGUCAUUUGUAUCCACCCUGUCCCCAGCCAGAGCUCACCAUGGGAGUGGACAUUCAUUCCGACAUCGACUUUGCUGCGGUGCUCCUGCAGGAUGACAUCGGAGGGUUUCAGGUCCUUCAUCGGGACCACUGGGUCGAUGUGCCUUCCUUGCCCGGAGGUCUCAUUAUCAACAUCGGAGAUAUGUUUCAGCUGAUAUCCAAUGACAAAUUCACAAGCGCCAAGCACAGAGUGUUGGCCCAAAAUGUCGGCUACAGAGUGUCGGUGCCAUCCUUCUUCAGCUCUGGCUUUGCCCCCAAUCCGAGACUGUACGGGCCCAUCAAGGAGUUGUUAUCGGACACCAAUCCUCCCAAGUACCGAGAGACCACCAUCCAAGACUACCGCGCCAAUUUCUACGCCAAAGGCCUUGAUGGCAUCUCCAGGUUGCUCGAGUAUAAGCUCUGACCACCUCACAAGUUAGCACACAAUGGGCACUCGGCCGCCUGCUACAUGUUGCCCAGAUUCCGAGGUCGAUAGUGCAAUCUCAUCCAUCUCUGCUACAACGUAACUAUUAUUAUCAUGAUGAUAAUAAUAAUGGUUUCAUGAAUUUGAGUUUAAUUUAAUCUCCACCGUCGGUAGUUUGUUUUCGUCUUCACCUUGUUGCCUUCAUUUUUAUUUUAUGCUACUCUGUGUACCCACCGCUGCCCAAAAAAAAAAAAGUUUUAUUAUAUAAGGUCUUAGCUUGUUGGACCACUUUUGUGCCGUAAGUAUUGUAUUUUUAUUUCCUUUCUUUCUCAUACAUAUAUACUGAAAGUGAGUUUUAUCCAUUUUUAUAGCGAUCCGUCCGUCUACUCGGGCGAUCGGUAACAUAUGCCUACCUAUGCUCCCAACUCUGGCCGGUAGGAUGAGUAUAUAUGGUGCAAGGACUGCAUAGUUAGAAACAGAAUUCUCAUUAUCAUGAUGCAAACAAAUCAAUUAAUUAAAAGGAUAAGUUUGGAUGCACGGUUUCUUACCAACUUUUCUCCCCAUAGCCACUGUUCACCCAAUCAACGGUCGCACGUCGAAAAAAACCCACAGAUCAGUGGUCGCCUGAGCCCAGUUUUCGUUGCUUCCAGUUCACCUACACAACUGGGAAGUCCUCUUUGCAAUCGGAAAAUUGGUCUGAAGAACGGCUAAAUUGGAUUAUCACACAGAGAAAAUGGAGAGGGGCAAAUUUUCGCACAUCGCCAUAGAUUUGGAUAUGACAAAUCCUAUUCCGACUCGCGUCCGGCUAGAUGGAAUUUUGCAGCAAGUUCUAUGUGAGAACCUCCCAAUCACUUGUUACUCUUAUUGAAUCACCAAGAAUAGUAGGAGUUGUUUUCACUCUUUAAUUUUCUCUCCUUCAAUUUAAGUUAGAUCUUUAAAGUGGUUAGAUGCAUUACUGUAUAAACAUUAUAUAGAUAAUUUCUUAAAUCUAGUUUGACUCUUUAUCUCAUUUAGGGCCAUCCAAUGGAUCGUGUAGGCCCUGCUUCAAAAUUUGAAAUGUGGUACAAAUUGACUCUUUUUAUCUAACAAGGUUAAAAUGAUUACAUCAUUAUUAUGUGAAAUCUAAUAUCUUUCUAACAUUGUUUAAACUAAUAUUAUCUAUUAUCUCUCUAAUUUUUGUAUUCUAUAUGAGAUAAUUUUCAAUUGUUAUCCUAGUUAUUCAAUUAAGAUUUUUGUAAUUAUUAUUUUUUAAUACAAACAGGAUUCGCAAAACACAAGAAAUACUAUAACAAUCAAUAUACUUAUCUAUCGUACAUAUAAAUGAGAAUAUCAACCAAUGAGCAACAUUAAUAUACUUAUCCAGCGUCCAAACAUCCUUCUCUGUUUGAGCCCAUGCGAUUGUAUUCUUCUUCUCCUCCUUUAGGUCCCUUGACUAUCCGUAUUCGUCUCGAGUGGUUUAUAACGCUGAAAAGUACAAAACAACACCAUAAAUGCAUCAAAUAGUAGAGAAACACACUCAAGGUCUAUCAUAAGCUCAUUAUUCAAAUAGUUAUUAAUUUCAUAUGAAAUAUAGUCAAAAUCACUAAACAUGCAUUGAUAGAAGAGUAAAAUGUAACAAAUAUGAGAUUGGUAAACACUAUAAAUGAAGUGCGAUGAUGGAGUGUGGUGUUGGGAUCCGCUUGGGAAAAUAAAAAUGAUUAAAUUAGUGUAAGUACUUGGUUAAUAUGGCCGGUAGGAUGAGUAUAUAUGGUGCAAGGACCGCAUAGUUAGGAAACAGAAUUCUCAUUAUCAUGAUGCAAACAAAUCAAUUAAUUAAAAGGAUAAGUUUUUUUUUAGGGAAUUAAAAGGAUAAGUUUUGA